AUGAGUCCGCUCGACCCCUGGAGUGCCGAAGCACAAAAGCUACCCGAACGAUUAAUGGCGGUGUCGCUCGAUGAUCUGCUACGGGAUCAUAUAUUCUCUCAAAUGCAAGGCGGAGAGCUCAAGAUGCUACGCCGGUUAUAUCGAAAGGAGAAAAAGAAACAAGAAGAUCUGCGACGGAGCACUCGUGAGAGCUUUCUCACGUGGAUUGAAUCUGGCCGACACAUAUUCCACAUAUCUGGGAAAGCCGGAUCCGGAAAGUCGACUUUGAUGAAGUUUCUCUCAAGGUCGCCGCGAGUGAAGAAAGGAUUAGAGGCCUGGGCUGACGGCCAACCUCUGGUUCUCGUUCAAUUUGUCUUCUGGAACUCUGGUGACGAGAGACAAAUGUCCCUCGAGGGUCUUUAUCGCAGUCUUCUGUUCGAAACAUGCAGACAAAUGCCUAGCUUAAUACCCCUUCUUUUCCCCGAGGCAUGGGAGAGUUCGAACCUUGGGGUGGCGCCGUUCCACUUUGACGCAAUCAGAACCGUAUUCGAUCGCUUUAUCAAGGAAGCAAGUGCUUCGAGCACCCAUUUCUGCUUUUUUAUUGACGGCCUUGACGAGUUCCAAGGCGACGAAGUUGAUCAUUGGCGCCUUUCGCAAGAUCUUCAGUCUUGGACAGCCGGAACGAAAAACGUUAAGCUUUGCCUCAGCACCCGUCCUCAUAUUCCGUUCGUUCAGACUUUUGCAAAUCCUUUGAACUCACAAAUAAGCAUCCACGACCUUACGCGAGAGGAUAUUUUUAAUUUCAGUGCAACCAUGUUUGAGAAGGAUCCCAACUUCCAACGCAUCAAAGACACAUAUGAGGACCUUGUGAUCGAAGUUGUGGAUGCCAGCGACGGGGUCUUUCUUUGGGCACGUUUAGUUGUACGUUCCCUGCUGAGAAGUAUAGGCUACCGAGACAAUGAGAAGAACUUGAAGAAGCAGCUUAGCUCAAUACCUAGGGGAUUGACUGAGCUAUUUGAUCAAAUCCUCGGUUCCAUUGACCCAGAUGACCAGCCGUUCUCGGACAAAUUAUUCCUCUUAACGACCCCGGACUUCUGCCUCUGGCAGCCAAUUCUGCGGAAUGCGAUAUCCUAUUCAUGGCUCGAAGACCUGGAAGAUGCAGAUUUCCCUUACAAAAGCCCAAUGAAGGCCUACACAGAAGUUGAGAUAGAUGAAAGGCUUGAACGUGUUUCGUGCGACUUGGAUCGCUUCUCUCGGGGCCUGCUGUUAAUGUCUAGAAGACGCAGCCGUGACAGUGACGGUCAUGAAUAUUUCACUCAUGAGGUACAAUUCCUUCAUCGAAGUGUGCGCGAGUACAUUGUGAACACCAGAGAAGUCCAAAUGCGGCACCGUACGCCUAAUUUCGAUGUUCCCUCGGCGAUCAUACGGCUGUUGCAGAGAUGA